GACUUGGUAAAUUCCAUUCCCUGUUUCGUUCGAGGUGUUUUCAAAUUCGAAUACCUUUCGUUCGGACUGUUUUGUUUUCGAACAUCUUUCAUUCGAAUCAAACCAAACGUCAAACCCACUUUGUUUAUGAAGGAGUGAAUAAUUUCCGCAGCGGAUGAGCGGUGAACUGCAAAAAUGGAAAAAAACAAAAACAAAACAACCACUAAAAAUCAGUUCGAGCGGAUUGUGCUGCUUCUGGAGCAAGAGCCGGACAUAGCAAAGGGUUUCUCCCGAGGAAAUUCCGGACCCUUCUGGGAUGAUCUGGCGGCAGAAGUCAAUAGUUUGGGACCGCCUAUUCGCGAUGGAAGUGGAUGGAAAAAGGUUUGGGCGGACUAUAAGUCCGGAUUAAAGCGAAAACUCGCUCACAACAAACGGGAGCAGAGGGCGACAGGUGGAGGACCCAAUAAAAUUAUCAAUUUGUCCGAGCUGGAGGAGCAGGCAGUUCUACUAACUGGGUUACUUGCGACCGUGGAAGGAAUCCCGGGUACCUCAUCUCAUGGAACACAGUUGGGUUCGCCUUCGGGUGAACCUCAAGCUGCAGACCAGGAAAAUUUUAUAUAUUAUGGUACUUCCGACGAGUGUGACGGUAUCAAUAAUACCAUUCACUUCCAGCCCUCUCAGCCGAAAAAAUCCAGACCUUCUACCACGAGGCUAUUAGAGCUGCAAGUCGAGCAACAAAACAAAUUUCACACCAAUGUGAAAUCCCUGUUAAAAAACACAAACAAGAAUUUGAGUGAUCUGGUUCAUUAUCAGCGCCAAUCAGCUCGAGCGAUUCUUUCCGUGGAUGCCACACUCAAAGAACAUCUGAGUGAACAAAAACGGCAUAACCACGAGAUGGAGAAGAUCGCGCUGGAGAAAUCAAUAGCGACAAAUCCUUGAAACGCAGAUUGCGUAUAUUUCAGAACAUUAGAAUAAUGUUUCAAAAUAUCAGUGAUCUGAUUUUUUAUCUUUAUAUUGUAACUCAAGUAUAAAAAAAUGAAAAAAGUUCUAAUCGUAUUUUUAUAUCUUUCCAUGGAAGAAAAAUCUUACUUAAUUUUUUCUUUGAAGUUUGUUUGGAAUAGCAUCAAAAUUAUAUAAACUUUUUUAAAAUUCACGAAUUUCGCCUAUAGUUUAUGGAACUUCCUUAACCCCUUCACGUACAACAUUGAACUUCACUCGUUGUUUCUCGAUGUGAAAUAAUUACAUAGCUUCAGGCAUAUGAUGAGGAUACCGACAACUGAAGAUUAUCAAAUUUCCGUUAUUUAAAAAAAAAAUUGAAUGAGCUAAAAAUAUAAAAUAUAAUUUGAAUAUUAUAAUUAAAAUAAAAACGAACGAGUUAGUACGUAGUAAUAACUCCUUCGUUUUUAUUUUAAACACAACAUGUAUUUGCUCAUCAUAGGGCACCCAUGUUAGAUACCCACACUCAGCAGAGUAGCGGAACGACUCGAAGUGCUCGUUUUGGGCCGUGCUGUUGGAAAUUAAAUCGUACAGCAAGGGGUUAAAACAACGCAAAAAGUAUUAACAAUGGUUAUUUGAAUACUUGGCCUGCUUACGAGAAAUCGAUAAUGACAUGUUCUCAAAGUG